AUGCUCACGACAGUUCUAAAUGAUAGUCCAAUUUUCCCGGAAAACGAGGAAGAACAAGCAGAUUUAUCUGCCCCAUUACUGAUGGAUAGCCCGCAGUGUGUCCUUUUUGGUACGUUUAUGAUAUGGUUCGCUUCGAUCACAAUAAAUCUUGGUCCGACAUUCUUAUCGGGAGCCUUAGCUGCCAGUGCCGGAUCCUAUGGAUCUUAUGGAGCAUCGCCCUCGUGUCCUCUGGUCCGAGGGCCGUUUAGGCAUUAUGUACUCAACGCCCUUUGGAUAGGUGUCAAUGCCGUUUGUGUGGGCCUGACACUUUUCCAUCUCAAGAAACUUCACAGGGAUCUUACAAAGGCUAACGUAGAAGCAGUACGAGUAGCUGGUUUAGUGACGACACUCGUCAGCAUGGCAGGUGACAACAGGCGCAUGGACUCGCUGCCCAACAGCGUUGGACCCAGGACGGUAGACGGCACACUGUCAGACGGGCAUAGCCGUCCGAGUGGUAGUGGCAAUCUACCGCUUGGUGGUGGACGUCGUCUAAGAGGAUACCUGGCGCGAGUGGAGCGUGAGGGAGUCCGACGCGUGCGCAUGUUCCUUGUCAUCACCGCCGCCUAUGUGCUAUUCUGGGGACCAUUGUUCAUGAUAACAUUACUUCAUCACCCAGCUUUGACGUCACACGUAGCUUACGAAGUACCUCAAUCUCCGCUGGCACCAUCUUCAUUUUCUCCAGCGGCCGCAUCUCCAGAGCCGCCUCCAGCGCCUCCCCCUCCAAUGGCUCCCCCCGCCCCGUCCGUACCCGCACCCCCGCCGGCGCCCGGCACGCCACACACGAUGAUGAGUUGGGAAGUUGAGGAGUGUGACGCUGAGAGUAUGUCGAGUGCGCGUGUGCAGGGAGACGAGGAUAUGAUGGCCGAGGCGUGGAGCGGCAGCGUGCGUCGCCCCCCGCGCUCCCCCAGCCCCCUGCUCCCCGCGAUCUGAGCCGCGGCCGCGCCCCCCCGCGCCCGCGCACCAGGCGUCAGCCGCGACACAUAUCCGACCUCCUUGGCUGCCAUUUUCGACCCUGCCGAGACUUUGCUGUACAUAAAUUAAUCAACGAAUUGUAUAUAGCGUUCGUAGAUUGUGACGUCAUAACCUAGUUUGUGUCUAUCGAUCUAUAAGGGUAUCAUAUACCUAGUAAAUAAAAUUAUAAUUGGAUGUUAAGAUUAAUGAUGUAAUAUCAUCUUAUGAAUUAAUGUAUAUGUUGUAAAUUAUAUCUUAUCAAUUAAGAGAAUCAUAAAGCUCAAUUCUAAAAACCGGAGAUCGAGUAGAUUUGUAUAUUAUACACCGAAGCUCUAUUAUAACAUUUAUCAGUGGUGUAAGUACCUACUAUUAGAUAAAUUGGAGUGCGAUGAAGAGUAAUUAUUAUAUAUAUUUUUUGUCUAUGUGUGUCACUUAAUUACUGAAUAGUCCGAACACCAGUUAGAUAGGACAAAUACAUAGUAAAUAUAAAUAUAGUUAUAGCAUCUCGUUUCUUAAUUGUCGAAAUAAGACUUUCUUGAUGUAAUAUAAAAUUUAUCGUUCGCAUCUCAAAGUUUUAUGUGCAAGUUUCUGUCAACUAAUAGAGUCUAGCCGGUGUUGCUAACUUGAAAUUUUCCAUAUAAAUUUAUAGUUGAGAUCGCCGUUAUGACAAAGAAAUUUUAGUAUUUGAUUUUAGUGGCCAGUGGUAUUUAAGGUUUAAUUUACA